AUGCGCCAUAUAUUAUACAUCUCUCUCUCUCUCUCUCUCUCUCUCUCUCUCUCUCUCUCUCUAUUAGCUCCAUAUACAUCCCUGUCUACUCACACACAGCUUAGUUGUAGUUGUAGUUAUCGUUCUAGUUGUAGUUGAGGCCACUGUCUCAAGACACAUUUCAGAUUUGGGCAUUUUUUUUACAAUUUGCAAUCCACAACUAGUUUGUUAUUGUUAAUACUAGCAAUUAUAAUAAUAGAGUGAGUACUGUGAUUGGAUUUUGCACAAAGAAUGAAGCUUCUCUGAUGAGUCUUUUGGUAAUUCAAGAAUCUUGGUUUCUUUUGAUAUAAUGGGGUGUGUUUAUUCCAAAGAUUGUAUUGGUGAGAUAUGCACACCUAAGGAUUCUAAGGUUAAACAGACUGGUAAUGCUAGAGCAGCUGAAAUUGGUGUUUUUUCGCCAGCUACUUCGUAUGGGGAUGACGAAGAUGAAGCGAGAGACCAAUCCACUCACCUUAGGGACCAUGAAGCGGGUAUAACCAGGUUGUCCAGGGUUUCAGCUCAAUUUCUGCCUCCCAAUGGCUCUCGAACUGUUCAAGUUCCGACUCCAAAGUAUGAGUUGCGCUAUUCUUUUUUGUCUCAGCGUGGCUUUUAUCCUGAUGCUCUUGAUAAAGCUAAUCAAGAUAGUUUUUGCAUUCAUACUCCUUUUGGGACAAAUCCCAAUGACCAUUUUUUUGGGGUUUUUGAUGGUCAUGGAGAAUAUGGAGCUCAAUGCUCACAAUUUGUUAAGCAGAAGUUAUGUGAAAAUUUACUUAGGAAUAGUCGGUUUCAUAUGGAUGCUGUGGAAGCAUGUCAUGCUGCUUUCUUGAAGACAAAUUCAGAGCUACAUGAUGAUGAUAUAGAUGAUAGCAUGAGUGGGACGACAGCAGUUACAAUAUUAGUCCGGGAUAGGACUAUUUAUGUUGCUAAUUCCGGAGAUUCCAGGGCUGUUAUUGCUGAAAGGAGAGGAACAGAUGUUGUUGCUCUUGACCUAUCAAUAGAUCAAACUCCUUUUAGGGAUGAUGAACUUGAACGGGUUAAGCUAUGUGGAGCUAGGGUCCUUACGUUGGAUCAGAUCGAAGGGCUUAAAAACCCAGAUGUACAGUGUUGGGAUACCGAAGAGGGCGAUGAUGGUGAUCCUCCUCGAUUAUGGGUUCCAAAUGGGAUGUAUCCGGGCACAGCAUUCACGAGAAGCCUUGGUGACUCAAUUGCAGAGUCAAUCGGGGUUGUUGCCAACCCUGAAAUCGUAGCCUUUGAACUUACAGCUGAUCAUCCUUUCUUCGUUCUUGCCAGUGAUGGGGUGUUUGAGUUUCUUUCUAGCCAAGCAGUGGUUGACAUGGUAGCAAAAUACAAGGAUCCACGUGAUGCUUGUGCAGCCAUUGUUGCUGAAUCUUAUCGACUGUGGCUACAGUAUGAAACUCGUACAGAUGAUAUUACAGUAAUUGUUGUGCAUAUUAGCGGGUUAACAAAUAGUUCUGGUGUUCAUUCAGCAAGCUCUAGUGAUGUUCUAAAACCUCCAGUGCCCCAAUUUGUAGAGCUUUCGGGAUCUGAGUCUCCUUCAUUGCUGGGCUGGAAUAUUCGGCAUCAGCGUGUGAGGCAAGAUAUAUCAAGAACGCGUCUUCGUGCAAUUGAAAGUUCUUUGGAGAAUGGACAUGCAUGGGUACCUCCAUCUCCAGCCCACAGGAAAACUUGGGAAGAAGAAGCACAUAUUGAGAGGGCCUUGCACGAUCAUUUUCUAUUCAGAAAGCUUACUGAUUCUCAGUGCCACGUACUGCUAGAUUGCAUGCAACGAGUGGAAUUUCAACCAGGAGAUAUUGUGGUGAAAUUGGGUGGAGAAGGGGACUGCUUUUAUGUUGUAGGCAGUGGAGUAUUUGAGGUCUUGGCAAAGCAGGAAGAAACAACCGGAGAGGUGCCCAAGGUCUUGCAACAAUAUACAGCUGAAAAAUUCUCAUCAUUUGGAGAGCUUGCACUCAUGUAUAAUAAACCCCUACAGGCUUCUGUCCGGGCUGUGACACAUGGAACCCUUUGGGCUCUGAAAAGAGAAGAUUUUAGAGGAAUUCUUAUGUCAGAGUUUUCUAAUUUGUCAUCACUGAAGUUGCUGCGGUCAGUGGAUCUUCUCUCAAAACUGACUAUACUGCAACUGAGUCAUAUUGCAGAUUCUCUUUCAGAAGUUUUCUUCUCUGAUGGCCAGAUAAUAAUCAAUAAUAAUGAGGAUCUUCAGGGACUUUAUAUUGUCCAGAAGGGACAAGUGAUAAUUAAUUUUGACUUGGAAGCAGUAAGAGAUCGAAAUGCCACGAGCCUUCUGUCUGAUAGUCUAAAUCAAGAAGAUGCAGCAGUUAGCAGUAAAGCAUCCACAGUGAAGAAGACCGAGGGAAGCUAUUUUGGCGAGUGGACACUCAUUGGUGAAAACAUAAAGUCCUUGAACGCUACUGCAGUGGGUGAUGUGGCUUGUGCUAUUUUGACAAAGGAAAAGUUUGAGUCCGUUGUUGGCCCUCUAGCUAAACUUCCGCAGGAUGACUAUUACAAGUCAAGGGAAAGUUCUGCAAGAUUUGCUAAGGAGUCUGUUGGAAAUGCUGAUCCUGCAACGCUUGCAACAGUUCAACUUUCGGAUUUGGAGUGGAGGUCAUGCAAAUAUACUACUGACUGCAGUGAAAUUGGCCUUGUUCUUUUGAGGAAUUCAGAAAACUUGCUUACUUUGAAGAGGUUCUCGAAACAGAAAAUAAGAAAUCUGGAAAAAGAAGCCCAGGUUUUGAAGGAAAAGGAUCUCAUGAAAAGUUUAAGCCACUCCCCUUUUGUGCCACAACUUCUAUGCACAUGUGCUGAUCGGACACAUGCAGGCAUGCUUCUAAAUACAUGCAUUGCUUGCCCUAUUACUUCCAUUCUUCAGAACCCACUUGAUGAACCUUCUGCAAGGUUCUGUGCUGCCUCUGUUGUCAUUGCCCUAGAAGAUUUACACAAGAAUGGUGUUCUUUACAGAGGUGUGUCGCCAGAUGUUCUAAUGCUUGAUCAAACAGGACAUCUGCAGCUUGUGGACUUCAGGUUCGGGAAGAAAUUAGCUGGUGAAAGGACAUUUACAAUAUGUGGAAUGGCUGACUCUUUAGCUCCAGAAAUAGUCCAAGGGAAAGGACAUGGUCUUCCUGCUGACUGGUGGGCCUUGGGUGUGUUGGUCUAUUUUAUGCUAAAAGGUGAAAUGCCGUUUGGUUCAUGGCGAGAAAGUGAGAUUGAUACAUUUGCAAAGAUUGCAAAAGGAAAGUUCACACUUCCACAAAAUUUCAGCCCUGAAGUAGUUGAUCUCAUCACUAAGUUACUAGACGUUGAUGAAAACACAAGACUUGGAAGCCAAGGCGCUGACUCUGUUAAAAGGCAUCCUUGGUUUAGUACGGUUAAUUGGGAAGAAGUAGAAGGUCGUACUUUUCCCAUUCCUGAUGAGAUCAUGUGCCGUGUUAAUCAACAUUUGGAAAGUCACAUUGAACAGGUAGCUUCCUCUGCACUUUCCCCAGUCCGAGACUUGGAAGAACUCAACACUCCAGAAUGGCUCGAGGAUUGGUAGUAGACCAUAUACGCAUGUCUUGUUUGCUUCUUUUGCACUUUCUCCAGUCCGAAACUCUGAAGAACUCUAUACUCCAGAAUGUCUGAAGGACUGGUAGUCGGACAUAUACUCAUGUCCUCUUUACUUUUUGAGCACUCGGAAGAACUAAUGGUCCAGAAUGGCUCGACGAUUGGUAGUAGAUCUCAUAUGCACCUCUUCUUUGUUCCUCAGCAAGAAAGACUCCGUCCAACCUCUUUUAUUGUAUGAACCCCUAAACUUGAGGUAAAUUGGAGAGAAUAUUGUGGGUUACAGAUGAUGAUUUGGAUGCACGAGUAAUACAGAGUAGCACAAUAUGUUUUCGUACUGCUUGAGCCUCCUACACCAGAUUGAUGCAAAGGCAAGUUAAAAAGGUUUCCCUCGGCAUAAUAUCCAAGUUUCUGUAUAGAACUUAAAUUUGUAGAGGAGAGCGUUUAUUUCUAAUUCUUUCCUGGAAAACAAAUUUCAGAUUAUUAUAAUCCUUGUCGAUUUCCAGUCAUAGAAUGCUUAAAAUUUAAGUUU